GGCUGCGACGGGGCCAUGGCGAGCGGCGGCGGCGGCGGCGGCGGGAGCACCGGCGCGGGGGGCGGCCCGGGGCUGGGCCUGAGCCUCGGGCUGGGCCUGGGUCUGAGCCUGGGCAUGGGGGAGGCGAGCGGCGAGGCGGAGGAGGAGGCGGCCACGGCCGAGGCGGUGGGACGUCUGGCCACGACGCUGUGGCUGCGGCUCCGCGGCUGGGAGGCGGUGCUGGCGGCGGCGCAGCGGCUGCUGGUGUGGGAGAAGCCGCUGCACAGCCUGGUCACGGCGGCCGCGCUCAACGGCCUCUUCUGGUUGCUCUCUUCGUCGUCCCUCCGGCCUUUCUUCCUACUCAGCGUCUCACUUUUGGCCUAUUUUCUGCUGGAUCUCUGGCAGCCUCGCUUCUUCCCGGACCUCUCGGCAUCAUCCCCAGAGGAGCCCCACUCUGACAGUGAGGGUGCGGGGUCAGGCGCCCGGCCGCACCUGCUGAGUGUGCCCGAGUUGUGCAGAUACCUGGCUGAGAGCUGGCUCACCUUCCAGAUUCACCUGCAGGAGCUGCUGCAGUACAAGAGGCAGAAUCCAGCUCAGUUUUGUGCUCGAGUUUGUUCUGGCUGUGCUGUGCUGGCUGUGCUGGGACACUACGUUCCGGGGAUUAUGAUUUCCUACAUUGUCUUGCUGAGCAUCCUGUUGUGGCCCCUGGUGGUUUAUCAUGAGCUGAUCCAGAGGAUGUACACUCGCCUGGAGCCCCUGCUCAUGCAGCUGGACUACAGCAUGAAAGCAGAAGCUGAUGCCCUGCAUCACAAACAUGACAAGAAGAAGCGACAGGGGAAGAACGCACCCCCCGGAGGUGAUGAGCCACUGGCGGAGACCGAGAGUGAAAGCGAAGCAGAACUGGCUGGCUUCUCCCCGGUGGUGGAUGUGAAGAAAACAGCCUUGGCUUUGGCCAUUACAGACUCAGAGCUGUCAGAUGAGGAGGCUUCUAUCUUGGAGAGUGGUGGCUUCUCUGUAUCCCGGGCCACAACUCCACAACUAACUGAUGUCUCCGAGGAUUUGGACCAGCAGAGCCUGCCAAGUGAGCCAGAGGAGGCCCUGAGCCGGGAGCUGGGAGAAGGAGAGGAGACCGAGCCGGCCCCCCCCGAAGACCUGCUGGGCCCCCCUCAGGCCCUCUCAAGGCAAGACCUAGACUCGGAAGAGGAGGAAGAUGUGGUAGCCAAGGAAACCUUGCUUCGGCUCUCGUCCCCCCUUCAUUUUGUGAACACGCACUUCAAUGGGGCGGGCUCUCCCACAGAUGGAGUGCAGCUGUCCCCGGGAGGACCAGUGGAGACACUGAGCCCAGAGGCAGUGAGUGGUGACCUCACCACUGCACCAAGCACCCUGUCACCCUUACUUUGCCUUGCUGAGAGUGACCCAGCCCCCUCCCCGUCCCCCUCCAUGCUUCCCCCUCUCCCCCAAGACUUGCCCCAGCCCCUGCCUGCCCCCGAGGAAGAAGAGGCACUCACCACGGAGGACUUCGAAUUGCUGGAUCAGGGGGAGCUGGAACAGCUGAAUGCCGAGCUGGGGUUGGGGCCAGAGACAUCCUCAGAGCCCCCCGAUGCCCCACCCCCUCCAUCCCUGGGGCCCGACACCCUGUCUCUGGUACAGUCAGACCAGGAGGCUCAGGCCAUGGCAGAGCCAUGAGCCACGGGGGAAGGAGUUGCAGGCACAGUAGGGUUUCCUGGCUAGGGGCAUCCCUGGUUCCUCUUCCCUGCUCUAGGGAGAGGGCAUGUGUGGGGAAGCUGGCUGUCAGAUGGGAGCCCGUCCACCCUCCGCCUGCCUGCCUGCCUGCCUGCCUGCUGUCCCAGGCCUGGUACAGUACCCAUGCCUGGGAUUGGUUUUAAGUUUGUAAAUAAUUUUACACUUGGGUUAGUGGAUGUGAACAGGGCUAAGGGAAGUCCUUCCCACCCUGCACUUGCCUCCCUGCCUCAUCUCUCUUCUCAUUCCACUAUGCCUCAAGCCCUGGUGGUCUGGCCCUUUCUAUUUUCCUCCUAUCCUCAGGGACCUGUGCUGCUCUGUCCUCGUGUCCCACUGGUGGUUUAGUUUGGGCACUUUAUCCUUUUCCUCUCCUGUCCCAUGUCCCUCUCUGCUUUAUUUCCUGGCUGUGUCCUGUCCUUUGCAGCUCACUCUGCACUCUUUGCCAGCUCCUCCUCCCCAGCAGGCUGUGGCUAAGCUUCAAGGAGGCUCUUGUCUGGGUGGUACAGACUAAACCUGGAGUGGUAGGUCAGGCCAGUGGUUAUGCGCUUAGGUCACUGUAGCUCACAAAAACUCCACUGCACCCUUGCCCUACUUCAUCCCAACCUUCCCUGAGAAGGGAGGAGAGUGGGAAUCCCACAGCACGUGCACCAGCACUGCAUUAGUGAGCAGCAGCUCCAUCCUGUUGGGAUGAAGGGCUUUCUUAACUAUCCUAGGAAGGUUUAAAGAGACUGCUCUCUAGGGGGCCAUGGAUGUUCCCAGUGUGGUGGGACCCCCCCUUCUAGGGUCAGGACGUGGACAGUAACAUCUGUGCAAGUGUUGACUGGAAAAAUAAAGUGUUGAUUGGCUAGAACUGCUGCCGCCUGCCUGCCUGCCUCACUGCCAGCUGCCUCCCACACUGCUCUGUUCCCUCCUCGCCCCCCUGUCCCCAGUCUUGCUCCUGGCUAUUUAUAUUUACUGUGGUGCAAAACUAGGCCAGAAGCAAGGAUUACCCUAACAGCCCUAACUUGCCCUUAGUCAUCUUCCCUGACAGCGUGAUAUGUUAGUGAGAUUUAGCAUGUGUGAAUAAAGUGUAUGCAGGAGGAAAUUGCCUCGUCUUCCCAAUCAGUAGAAAUUGAGGACCGUAACAGUUGUUUACUAUGUCGCCUACAACCUUAAUGUCUUCAGAAGUCCUUACCAAUCCACGUUAACAAUUAGCACGUUCAGCCAUGGCUUCUGUAUCCUGGGGACCCAAACAAGGAGGACUUCACGCCCAUGUCAGAACUGUUUUGAGGCCAAAGUACACUAAAGAAAUAGUAUCUAACGCA